AUGGAUCGUAAACAGAGAUUCCUUUUACGAUGGCAAGUAUUUUUUUUGACGAUUUUGAAGAUCAUUUGGUCUCCCACCUAUUCUGCAGCCAAUUCAAUUCCCAACUGGGACAGGAUUCUCAACUUGAACGAUGGAAAAUCGAUUGACGAGCUUAAGUGGAUCUUUUUUUCUCAAAAUGGUAUUUCAAAGUCUGAAAUUUUGAAAUUCUUUCAAGCUAGCCAGGCAGGGGCGACAUUUUUCGCGAAUUUUAACAUAUCUUUGAUUCCAUCAAUUGCAGAUACCCCUACAUUGGAUAGCGAGAGUGUUGUGCAAUCGACGCAAGAGCAACAAUCUGUCCAAGAGCAGGAAAAAAUUCAUGAAAACCUGGAAGAUACAAAUGUAUCCCCUGCAAAUUCUUCACCUUUCGGAAUAUCUGAUGCGAUAUUUGAUGGUUUAGGGGUUAAAUUUACAAAAGAUUUUGCAACAACAGUUGUUGGUCGCCUCAAUUUGAACGAUGCAUACACAAAGUACCCGGUGUUUGUUGAUAUUUUCAAAGGAAAAAAGGUAUUCGCCACAAUGAACGAUAUCUCUGAAAAGCUCAAAAAUCCCUUUCACUUUUUCUUCUCGCCUGCAUUGAUUAACAUCUAUUAUCUGGACGAAUUUGACUUGGAAGACAUGCUUCACUAUCUGGCAUACUCUGGCGGCGCCGUUGGUUUUAUGA